AUGCUUCAUCUCGCAUUCUUCAUCCACCUCGUGGUGGCCCUGUUUGCCCUCACUUCUGGCGCUACCGAUCUGGCCACCAUCACGGUGACAGAGACGGCCAGCCGACUUGGUUUUACUGUCCAUCCUCUUUCUCUUACUGUCACUGCGACUGCGGGCACGUUCACUUCCAAUGUCACCGACAACGUCGUCAGCCCGUCUGACUCUGUCGUGGCAACUCUCACUUCCAAUUCCACCUCCCAUUCGACCGUCUCUACUGGCUUUGGCUUGACUUCCAUCGCAAUUGCAACUGUGACUGUCGGUACCACGACUACAGUUACUGCAAACACUUCAGUUGCAGUCGGCCUUUCCAUUCCCACUGCCACUGGCACUGGAACCAUCACUACUAUGACGAGCACUGAAUCCCUUACGACCACCAUCGUUUUGGGUACCAAUAAUACCUCGACUGGUUCUGCAACCGUGAUCAAUACCAAUCAUACCUCGACUGGUCCUGCAACUGUGAUCAAUACCAUUACCAAUGCCUCAACCUCAACUGUGAUUGUCACCAAGACAUCCACUUCUGUUUCAGGUUCAAGCCAUGCAACUGCCCCGUUCUCCAUCCCGAGAAUCUCCAUCUCCAUGCCUCCGGUAGCUCCUCCGUUUCCAUUCACCAACAGCACAGCCACAAUGACUGCGACUGCGACCACUACCGACAACUGCACCGACGCCGAGACCAGCACGAGCAUGGGCAUGAGCAGCAUUGACAUCACUCAACACUCACCAUCACCAUCCACGACAGUGGUGCGUACGGUGACAGUGAUUCCUCGACCAGUCACGACUGUGGCGACGGUAUCAAUAAUCAUGGAAUCGGCAUCGAAGUCGGCAUCUUCAUCUGCAUCUCCAGAGGCCACUGCGGCCACUGUCACCACUGUGGUGACGGUCGUGGCGAGCACCCCUACGACAACCAAGACGGUGACAGUGGUUGCCGUCACCACUGGCGCCACGGCCAGUGGCCAGCCCGUCCGCUCUGGUGCCGGCGCCUCCUUGCCUGCCAACAUGUCGUCGACCUCCAUUUCCACCUUGUUCACCACCGUUUCCACCACCGUCCAGUCCACCCUCACCAUUGUCGUCACCGCUAUAAAUUCGACUCUGCAGACCACCGUGGCUACAGUGUCUACGGUGUCGACAAUGUCUACGGAGAGUCCGUUGUUUGCCAACUCGACCAUGCCAUCCUUUGCCAACUCGACGACCACCAUGCCAUCCUUCUUCAACUCGACUACCAUGCCAUCCUUCUUCAAUUUCUCUACCACCUCUACCUCCGCCUCCGACACAGACACCACUACCACCAUCACAGUCACCGAGCCCGCUAUCACCGGCCUCGCCAAUCUCGCCACCUACACUCCCUCUCUCUCGCCCGCUCCGCUGUCUGCCCUCGCGACCGCCAAUCGUCGACUUAAAUCCAGUCUGGCGUCUAUGGUGCUCGUGGCUCUCGCUGCCUGGGCUGUGCUUUGA